GCAAAAGAAAAACGACUGCGACGAGAUGCUACACGUCAAACGACGUGGCAGGGCGAUUUUGAUGCAAAAUUGCCCCAAGAGGAUGAUAUGGACGAUGAAAUCGACGACGAGAAUGAUGACGAGCUGGCGGUAUCCUCUAAGGCAAAGGAGUCUUCUGGACACUUUCUUCAACACCCUCAUGCAUUUCCCACAUCUGGAGGCUUCGAGACGACCAUGAUCACAAACAGUAGCAGCAUUGACAGUGGUGCGGAAAGUGAAGGUGAACUGUCGAGUUCCUCGAUUUCACACUGUCAACAACAAGAAAUCGGCGAAUUUGCAACAAUGCAAUCCAUGUAUUCUCACGCCUUUCGCAAUGCUAUGCUACAGGAGGGAGGCGCGAUGCUUGGUUGGUUAUCACGUCCCAGUGACCUUUGCUAUCACGAUAUCAUGAGGUCGUCAUUCUCCCAAAUACCCUCCCCCUCAAUCGUCAAACAAUAUCCUUUUCAUCCACAGACGGCUGCUACAUCGACGACCUCAGAUUUCAAGGCACUUCGUUGA